UGUGUUCUCCUAUGGUAGACACAACGGAUUAUGCAUCAGGGGCACAAGUCCGCAUCCCCGAUGUCUUAGAAAUGUCAGGUAAUAAUGCUAGCGUUAUGCAUAAAAGGCACACGUCAGUGACAUGUGCCGUUUAUGCGAAAUGUUAGUGUUUCAAAUGGUGGGGUCAACAUGUGUUUGUCGUGCGUUUUACGUCAUCAGCAAAAAUUCGACUUCAGUUAAUCUGUUGGUUGCUUCGGGGACAGUUGCACGUAGUUUUAGUUUCAUUUGACAUGGAUGACAAUUCUGAAUUAACACCUAAUAAAAGACGAAAAGCAGAGCCUUCUAAGUAUGCUCGCAACAUACAGAAAAAGGCAAGAUUGGAAGAAAAGUCUUAUAAAAACAGUAAAGGAAGAUCCAAAAAUCUCAUCCAUUAUUCUCUAAGAGACCCAUUAUUUAGUUGUAGAAUUAAAUGUUCUCUAAAAAAGUUCUCUGAUGCAGAUAGAUUAGCGAUUUUUCAACAAUUUUAUACUUUAAGCUCUAAAAACGAACAAGACAUUUUUCUACAGAGUCUUGUGGAUAUGAUGGAAGUAAAGCAGCGGCGUCCUCGACCAGGUGACAAAAAUAUACCCAAAUUAAAAAGUUUCAAGUACUACUCAUUUAAAGGAAGUUCCAAAGUAGAGAUUUGUGUUACAGCAUUUUUGAAUUUAUAUGCUAUCACGUACAAACGCAUCAGGAGAAUUAAUACCUUAUCCUCACAAGGCAAGUCACCGAAUGACUUACGCGGAAAAAUGCCGCGUGCUAAUACUUUCUCAGAAGAAAUUCGGAAUUGUGUAAAGGAACACAUACAAUCAUUUCUUACAAAAAUCAGCCACUAUUCAGGACGUGAAAAACAUUAUUUGCUAAAUUUGACAAAAAUGCAUCAGCUUUAUCUAGAGAAGUAUCCAAACCAAAAGGUAAGCUUUUCAUUUUAUAGAUGCUUUUUUCGUGAAAAUUUUAAUCUCUCUCUCGGAAGACCACAAGUUGAUGUUUGUUCGACUUGUGAAUUACUAAAUAACAAAAUAAAAGACCAAUAUUUGAAUGACACGGCCAAGCGUACUGCCGAAUUGAUAGUUCACAAACGAAGGGCUAAAAAAUUGUAUUCAAAAAUAACCAAAGAUAUUGAAGAAAAGGAAAAUAAAGACCAAUUUCUGUCAUUGGCCUUCGAUUAUAUGCAAAAUGUCCAGUUACCCACAACGCCUGUGGGUGAGGUAUUUUACUACCAGCAGCUUACUGUGUCCGUAUUUUGUAUUCACAAUCUUAAGACAAAUACAUCCUGGAUGUACGUUUACCACGAGGGACAUGCAAAGAAAACAGCUGACGAAAUGUGUACGUUUGUUCUCGAAUAUCUUAAUGAAUUCAAGGAAAAUCAAUCGGAGCUUCAUCUUUACAGUGAUAAUGGCUGGGGCUAAAACAAGAAUCAUACUAUGAUCAGGAUGCGUUUGGCUCUCACAGAUUCUAGUAAAUUUAGCAUGCUUUGGCACUUUUUCCAGUUAGGGGGCAUUCAUUUCUCCCGUGUGACAGGGACUUCGCGUUGGCGAAAAAAAAAUUACGGAAACAUGAUACAAUAUGCACCAUUCACGAGAUCUCCACGAUUAUUAUUACCAGUACAAAAAAUAAUACAAAAUUUUUAGUCAAAGAGGUUGCAACAAGUGACGUAUUAGAUUUCAAAAACUGAUGGGGAAAAUUUUAUAAAAAAACCUGUGUAUCUGAAGAAACAAAACAAUUUUCCUCGUAACGAAAAGGUCAACUUUCAAAUAAGCACCUUUGCAUGUUUUAAAUACACAUCCCAACAAAAAGGCACUGUUCAAGCCUAUCCUUUGACGGUUUGGUGUCACAUACAUUUAACUUAUCACAACCUGGAAUGGCCUGCCCACCUUUGCCAACGAGCCUUGCGCAUCCCUUAGGAAAAGUUCCUAUUAAGGCCCACAAAAUGGAACAUAUAAGGAAAUGCACUGCUUAUGUUGCAGAGGAACACAAACCAUAUUUUGAUGCUAUUCUUCAGUGGCCUACAAUCAAAAAUCAAUGAGUGAUCCGAAGAUUAGUUUUUUCAAAACAUUGU